AUGGCGCGGGUCGAGGUCGGAUCCCGGGUGGAGGUCGACCGACCUGGCUUCUGGACGCCCAGGGAGGCUGAGUACGCCUGGGAACUGGGUCGGCGGGUCUGUGAAAGUCACCCGCCCCACUCCAAGGGUCAGGACCUAGCGUCCGUCCGUAGCCUCCCCAGAUCCCAGUGGGCUGCAGAUCACGACUCAGUGCCUGAGUGCAGAGGGUCUGAGUCAGAGUGCCACGCCACCGCAGGAAAAGCCCAGCUGGAAGAGGUCAUGGCCGCUACAGCCCUUACAAGCCUGUCUACCAGCCCCUCUGUCACCUUCAGCAGCCCAGGUGAGAUUCAGAAAUCUAUGCUCAACUAUGGACAGGGUCCAGAACUUCUGCUAUUCCGGGAUACUGAAGCCACCAAGCCUCUAUGGGCUAGAGGAGCUUCUCUCCAAGUCUCCGAGGCCAAAUUCUCCUUGGCACCCCUGCUCCACAAGGCUCACCUGAACAGACAUGGAAGGAGGCCCUGGUUCAUCUCUCAGGCAGCUACAGCAGCAACAGCGGAGGGCUUUAUUCAGGUCACGUUCCAGUGUCUGGGGCAGAGAGGUGGAAAGGUGCCGAGUACAGCAUCUCCAUCAGGGAUGGAGAAACACAUCCACCUGGUGCACCUGCAGAGACAGGCGGAGCCAGAGCAGAGUGAAGGGGAGGAGGACUAUUACUACACAGAGUUGGAUGUUGGCGUGGACAUUCGGGCUGACUCAGGGUCUCCUGCAGUCUCCACCCCACUCACCUUUGCUCAUAUGGAGCUCUUCCCAACCUGCCACAGCCCCUGUGUUUCCAUUCCCCAAGCUCAGCUCUUCAGCUGUUCCACAGGUAUGCCAGUGACCAAGCCUACCAGCAAGGUGAGGCCACAGAUGGACAUUGGCGGCAGGUCUCAGAGCGCUCUAGAGAGAUACAACAGGGGUUGUGGCUCCUUUCAGAGCUGGUGGGCCCCCAUCCACCUGGAGCCACAGCCCACUGAGGCCCAGGCCUACAUACCAGCCCUGCCUGCCGAGCUUGGGGACAACCCGAGGAAGCCCUGGGGUGAUGCCAAGGAGUGCCAGAAAGUGUACUGCAGGGACCACAGGAACCUGUGGUGCACAGCCUGCCAGCGGUUCCUGGACUGA